AUGUCCGAAAAUACAGGAAGUUCAACUGCCAAUGGCACAAGGUCUUUCAGUCAGUCAUCCAGCCGGCCUUCUCGCGGCGCUUCCAGCGUUGAAACGAGCGUAACGAAACUUCUCGUCUCGACAAAACAAUUACUGCAGCGGCUGACGCAAUGGUCAAAGGGACAGGCAAACGAAAAGAAUGUAUCUGACGCAUAUGUCCAGCUCGGGAACGACUUCAAGCUGGUCACCAAACAGUUCUCCUACGCAGGACUAGAGGUUUCUGACUUGGGCGACCUCCCAACAAACUUACGGAAAGUUCUAGAAGUGGCUCUGAGAGAAAGACCAUCCGAAGAAACACUAGACAAGUUUCUUCCCAGCAUUCGCGAGAUUGUAGUAACGCUCUUGGAUAAGCUCAAGGUCAAGCAGACGCUGCUGAAGAGUGCAAAGCACAACGCGAAGUCAUCCCAAGUUCCCCUGCGGAGCUCCCGUUCGGCAGCAUCUUCCAACGCUCCUUCGGGCAGAUCUACACCUAGUCACAAAAGCUCUGAUUCUCUUGGUGAGAAUGCUAACGGCUCGCCCACCAGGUUGCCUGCCGCAACCAGCACUCCGACAAAAGAGAAUAGGCCGUCUCUGCGCGUCGUGAAACAACGCGAAGAUCAAGACGCCGCUCUUGCACAACUGAAAAAAAGCGAUACUCUGCAACGAAGAGCAUCCAAGAGAUUUUCGGCAUAUCAUAUGGCUAAGCUCAGUCAUCAGUCAACAAGCGAGGCUGCGGCCUCGGCAACACCACCGCACUAUGUUGGCGACCACUCCAGCAAUCAAGACUUUAGUAAUUACUCGGCUCCUUCAAAAUAUGUUGCACAAGAGCUUGCAGCGAUGCCAAGCCAUGAUUCUUCCAUCAUGGUAGAGGGGAACGAAGAAUGUGUUACAGUAUUUUUGACACUAGAUGGGAAAGCCAAAAAGUGCUCUUUAUCACUUCCAACAUCGUUUAAUGCACUCAGAUUGCUCUUUGUGGAGAAGUUCACGUAUACACCAGGCACCAGCAGUUUCCCCGAGAUUUGCAUUAGAGAUCCGGGCUAUGAUAUUUUCUACGAGCUGGAAUCAGGACACUUGGACAAGAUCAGGGAAGGUUCUGUCUUAUCAUUGCAAGUGGGCACCAAACUUUUGAACGACGAAGACUCUCUGGUCAAAGUUUUUGAACAGUUUGAACAGCGUUUCGAAAAGAAGCAAGAAAUUUUGCACGCAGAGAUACAAAAACUUCGAGAAAGUACGUCGUCGCGGCAGGAUCAACCAAUCCAAAGCCAAGAUACGUUGGUUAACAAUAGUUUGCAUGCGGAGCUGGAGUCUUUGAGGCACCAGUUUUCCAUUCUACGUCAAAUUCAUGAUGCAAAGAAGAAAACAUACGAGGAUAAUAUUUCCGGCAUUCUGGAGAAGGUAGCCAAAUUCAAGAGUUUAUCUUUCAACUCCUCUACCACUGCUAACCGUGUUUACAUGGAAAAGAGUCAUUCCAAGCUAUCUGAAGUCUCAGAUGGGCUACUCGGCAAAGUAGAUGACUUGCAAGACGUGAUUGAGGCUCUGAGGAAAGACGUUGCCGUGCGAGGAUCGAAACCUUCCAAGAAAAAACUUGGAUCUGUUCGUAUUGAACUCAAGAAUGCACAAGCUUGUCUACAUAAAAUGCAGGAGCAUAUCUCUGUCGAGAAGCCAAAUUGGAAGAAGAUCUGGGAAAGUGAACUAGAAAAAGUUUGCGAAGAACAACAGUUUUUAACUUUACAGGAAGACUUGGCCUUUGACUUCAAGCAGGACCUGGACAAAGUUCAAGAAACUUUCGAUUUAGUAACGCUGUGCUGUGAAGAAAAGGAAAAAAAUCCCAAGAAAACCAACAGUUUAAUUUUACCGAUCGCUAAACCUGGUACCUUCAAUCAACUGAGGAGUGCUGUGUUAGACGAAGUAGCAGCGCUCCAACCAGAUCAUCAAGAGAGGAUUGACGCCAUCGAAAAAGCCGAGAAAUUGCGGACUAAGGAAAUGACCUAUCGAGACAACAGCGAAUUUGAAGAUGAGCUGGGCAAUUAUAUUGACAAAAAGAGUUUUAAAAAGGCUGGUGGUAUAAGCGAAAUAGAGAAGCAACGGCAAAGAAGAGAUGAGGAAAACCUGCGGGCAAAUUUCAGGCCAAUGCCGACGUGA